AUGAUGAAAGGAGAGUUUGGUGUAAUUCCCUCCGAAAUAAUAUUCGAUCAAAUUCUUUCCAAUUUCGAAUAUACAUGGAUUUUAAAUACUGUAAGAUUAGUUUGUAAAAAUUGGAAUGAAAAUUACAAAUCAACUCCAACAUUUUACUUUCCAAUGCAAUUUUCUGAAGAAAGUAAACAUUUAGAAAUUAUUUUAACGAAACAUUCCGAUGAAUUACACAAAAUAACUCAUUUAGAAUGCCAUCCGAGCGAAUAUUUAGAUUCGAAUAUAGAGUUUAUUUCCAAGUUGACCAAUUUAAAGUCAUUGAAACUGUCUAAUUGCAGUAAUGAUGUAAUUGUUGAAUUUUCCAAAUUGAAGACAUUGGAAAAUGUGCAAUUAGUGAAAAUGAAUAUUAAUAGUAUUCGAUUACUAUUCGAAACCAAGUCCAAGAUUAAAACGCUCUUCAUUAAAACAUGGUCACCAGAGCGCGUAAAUGUACAAGUUGAAGAUUUAUUAUUUGAUCAAUUGGAUUGGCCAUUGGAGAGGUUAUUUCUGCAUGGUCAAUUGAAUUCAAAAUCAUACAUUUCAAUAUUCGAAAGCAAAUUCGCCAACAAGUUAAAGAACUUUGGAAUUUGUAACACUUUUAUAGAGAAAUCAAUUUUUGAACAUAUUCGGAAAUUGGAAUCCAUUACUGAUCUAUUUUGUUUAACAUUUAGAAACAAUUUAUUUGAAGAAGAGAUGAAAUUUAUUUCUCCACUUGGAAAUUUAAAGAAAUUUCAUUUCAUUUCCAAGGGAAGAAUUAAAGAGGAAGCAGUUAAAGACCUUUCAACAUUGAAGAAGCUUGAGGAGCUCCAUUUGGAUAACAAUUUAAUAACUGCUUGUAAUUUUCCAUAUUUGGAAAAUAUGAAAAGUUUGAAUUUACAGAAUAAUAGGAUUGGAAAUGAAGGAGCAAUUAAUUUGUGCUCACUUUCUAAUUUAACAGAACUUAAUCUUUCGAAUAAUUUAAUUGGUGGGCAAGGUUUGAAAUAUUUUUAUAAACUUUCUCAACUCAAAAUAUUAAACUUGUCAAGUAAUCAAGUUGGAGAUGUUGGAGCUAAUUAUCUAUCAGAAAAUGUCAAACUUGAAAAUUUAUCUUUGAAAGAAAGUUUAAUUGGUGAAGAGGGUUUGAGAAACUUUGGAAAUUUAAAAUUACUGAAAUAUUUAAUGUUAAAUAAUAACAAAAUUGGAAAUGGAUUGAAAUAUUUGAGUAAUUGUAAUGAGUUGGAAUAUUUACACGUUGGAUCAAAUGAUAUUGGAGAUGAAUCAGUUAUUGAAUUAUUCAGAAGUGAAUUUAGGAAUCUUAUCCAUCUAGACAUUAGUCAUAAUUAUGUUUCGUAUAAAUGUUGUGAUGUCAUUUCAAAGAUGAAUCAGUUGAAAGAAUUGAAUAUUUCUAACAAUCCAAGUAUUGGAGAUACUGGUUUAUCUUUAUUGAGCCCUCUAUCCAUAAUUAAAUUGGAAGCUAAUAAUUGUGGUGUUUCUGAUUCAGGAAUAAUUGAUUAUUUGAACUUUGAACCAAAAAUUUCAACUCUCCACAUUAAAUCUAACAAGUUGAGCAAUAUGACAUUACAGGCAUUGAUAAGCUAUGCUCAAAACAGAAGCAUUUCUGAACUUAAAAUUAGUGAUUCCCCAAAUUUUGAUACAAUGCUCAAGAAACAACUUGGGAAACUUAUUCAAUGUAUUCAUUUUCUAGUGGUGCGGUAA